AUUGGCUGACUGGGAGAUCUUCGACUCGACUCAACGACCAACCACCAAAAAUCGCCAAACCGACGUCAAGAUGGUUGCCGCAAAGAAGCAUGUGCCGAUCGUCAAGAAGCGCACGAAGCGCUUCAACAGACAUCAGAGUGAUCGAUUCAUGAGAGUCGACCCGUCAUGGAGAAAGCCAAAGGGUAUCGACAACCGUGUCCGCAGACGCUUUAGCGGCCAGGCUGUUAUGCCAUCUAUCGGUUUCGGAUCCAACAAGAAGACCCGCCACAUGAUGCCUUCCGGCCACAAGGCUUUCCUCGUCAGCAACGUCCGCGAUGUUGACCUCCUCCUCAUGCACAACAAGACCUUCGCCGCUGAGAUCUCCCACUCUGUUUCGUCGAGAAAGAGAGUCGAUAUUGUCGCACGCGCAAAGCAGCUCGGCGUCAAGGUUACCAACGCGAAGGCUCGGGUUACGACUGAGGUUUAAGUGGUUUCUUUUGGGCUCGCAUGGGACAGGGGUGCGUUGUUUUCAUGAGCGGCAGGCAGUGCAAAGACGUAGCUAUGCUCUACAAUCAAUGCAACUUGCUCAAGAAAUGAAUUAUGCUCUGUUAAAAAGCUCCGACUGAUCUGGGAUUGAACUGUUGAGCCUCUUCGGGGCACUACUGGGCUGAUGCCUGGCCGUCUUCGUCGAAAUCGAUGUUCCGUGAAGUUGUGGAAUGUAGCGCCAUUCUACAAUUGCCUGGUUUUGGAAGUGAUUCAUCAAUUAUUGAUGCAAAUCGGACCCCGCCCUACGCGUGAUCAAGAAGGAAUUUACCAACUUUACCCAUACCAACCUCCCAUAUGCCAACCUCACCCCCAAAUUCUUCUUCGUAGAGGUCGCGUGACUAGUGCAGCAUUGCUUUCGGCAUAUUGAUCGUGAUCUUCGACAUUACUGGGUAUAUUUUGAGUUGUAGUUUAAGGCAUGACGGAAUGGCCGGACGGAUGUGGUAAAGUUCAAAUAAAGACUGUGCAUUAAUAAAGACUGUGC